GCGGCCGGUUUGUGCAGCGUGUGCAGGGCGAUCCCGUGGGUUGAGCUCCAGCCCGAGGACGUGGCGCGGGCGGCCACGCCGCACCACAGGACGCGGAAGGCGCUCGAGGCGUCGGCCCAGCGGUGCCCAAUGUGCCGCAUGGUGCUGAAGGCGGCCCUCUCGAGCUUCAGAGACACGCGCGGGGUGCGCAACGGGCGGGGGUACUGGCGGCAAUUCGAUGCAGUACGCCUCGUCGACACGAACCUGACAGCCCGCGACAUCUCGUACCAGAAGGAGCUCGGCGCGUGCAUGCCCGUCACGGCCACUGAAUUCAAGGGCCCCAACCCGGGCGGCCGCGCCGUCAUCGCGGCCACGGGCGCGCCCAACCCCGACGGCGAGCAUGUCGAGGACAAGGAGCUGAAGCUCGAGGGGCUGCGUAUCGACGACCCGCCCGACGACAUGCCCGUGUGUGUGUUUGGAAACUUCUGGGCCGAGCGUGAGAAGGAGGUCAACCAGCCCAACGACGUGUCACAUCUGCGUCUCGUGGGCGUCGGUGCCCGGUUUGCAAAGUCUGCGAGCCUGUUUGAUGUCUACGGGGUGAGACCUGACCAGGUCAAGCUGUGUGGAAGCUCCAUUGGCCUCUGCACCGACGACGACACUAGCUUUGCCAGCUUCAUCCCAGGCCGGCUGAGGGAGCUGCACUCAGACUCGGACACGGCCUUUCGGCGGGUGGAGAAAUGGAUCAGCGACUGCAGCUCCAAACACGCCUUUUGUGGUGCGCCAAAGCUCAACCCCGACCUCCCGCGGCGCGUCAUCGACGUGACGGCCUACGACCGCGGCGUGUGUCUGCUCGAGACGGCGGGCCAGCGGGGCCGGUACGUGGCGCUGAGCCACUGCUGGGGCACGUCGUCGCGGCUGAUGGCGACGCGCGAGUCCAUCGACGACCUCAAGGAGGGCAUCGCCACUUCCUUCCUGCCCAAGACCUUCCAGGACGCCAUCAAGAUCACGCGCCGCCUCGGGCUCAAGUACCUGUGGAUCGACUGCCUCUGCAUCGUGCAGGACGACCUGGCCGACUGGGACGUCGAGGCCGCCAACAUGGCAUACAUCUAUCGCAACGCCUACGUCACCGUCGCCGCCGCCGCGUCGACCGACAGCUACUACGGCUGCUUCCCCAAGCGCGCCAAGGACAGCUACGUGUCGCCGGGCACGCGCUCGCUGGGCUACGCCACGCCGCGCGAGGCCUCGGGCGAACGGCGCUAUACUAUGGCCUUUACGUACUCGACCGACGGGGCCAAGAAGCCGUCGUCGGUGCACUUCCUGGAGGACGAGUGGCUGCCAGGGUCUUCGUUCCACACGCCGCAGCGCACGGCCAUCGGCAGCUUCGGGCGGCGCUUCGAUCCCAUCGCCGGCGAGCCGCUGUCGUCGCGCGGGUGGACGCUGCAGGAGCGUAUGCUAUCACCUCGCAUCGUACAUUACGCGGGAGACCAGCUGUACUACGAGUGCGAGACGGGCAUGUGGUCCGAGGACGGCUUCGUGUUCAGCGACAUCUACUUCAGCCUGCAGCACCUGCUGCGCACGCAGCUGAUCGCGCGCGAGGACCACGGCAUCCCGCGCGCUAGCGGCAUCAGCUUCAUUGUCGGGCGGCACACGGCCACCAGCGGCCGACGCUGGGAGGGUGGCUGGAUCUCGCUCGUCGAGACGUACUCGCGCAUGCGCCUCACCGUAGCCGACGACAAGCUGCCGGCCAUCGCCGGCGUGGCCACCGUCAUCGCUACCGAGACGGGCGACUCGUACUUUGCCGGCCUGUGGGCCGCCCACAUCCACGAGGACUUGUGCUGGAGGGUCUGCUGCUACAACGAGUACUUUGACCGCGACGCCAAGGGCAUGCAGACGGUACCGAAGAGGGGCGCGAGGGUCGGCGCGGCGACGAGGCCCAAAGACUACCGCGCCCCGACUUGGUCGUGGGCCAGCCUCGACGCGCCCAUCAAGUAC